CUCCAUUUCAAUUUCGACGAGCUACAACGUUGACUGAUAUUCAUGGGAGACGCUGUCCGAGCCGAGGUGGUCAGCGCGCUCACAAAGUCGCUGUACGCGGCAAUGCUGGAUGACAAUUUUCUCGACGUGCUCGUCGAUGCACACAGAGUGGUGGUUCGGACGCGCGAAUUAUGCACUGUCUGCCACACACACUGCCAGAGACCUCAUGACCCUGGCCCAUCGAACCCCCCUAUCGCAAAGUCUCUUGAAAUUGGUCCACUAUCUCGUCCGCUCACUCCUUCCACGAGCUUCCAAAGAUUACCCUCGGCAGGUCCCGCUGCAUCGUCGUCUAAAGGCACCGAUACCAUGCUCAAUUGUCUGAAUUGCCCAAGACAGAUUUCUUCCUCGUGUUAUGCAAAACACCUAUCUUCAUGCAUGAAUAUAGGGAACUCAAGACGAGGUGCCGCCAGAAGUACCAACGCGAGGACCAUACAUGACCCGGAGACUGGAUCACAGUAUCUGGAAUCAGGGAGCGAGGUGGACGAAUCCAAAUCUAUUGCAAAAGGUAAAGGGAAAGCAGCGUCCGGUGACAAGACAACUGGCAAAGGGAAAAAGCGGGCUGCCGAACCAAAAGCUAAAUCUGUGAGCCCGAAAAAGCAGAAGACAGCAUUGCUGCAAAAACCUAUCCCCCUACCACAGGCGGCGCCGCCACCUGUCGUCAAAGGUACGGGUCCACCACGAAGGCCCGCUUAUGUUCCUGUCAAUACUACAAACGGACACCCAUCCCAGCCAACUCAUGCUCAAGGCCAUCUGACCCCUUCACGUCCAUCCUCCGCAGUACCACCCAUGCAAGUUCCGAACACAAAUCCGAAUGUGCCAUCCCGGUUGCGGGCAUCGUCCGUCGCUUCAGCCUCCUCUUCUGUUUCUCAAGGUUCGAAAUCGAUGGAUACUCGAACGACUCGAACGCCUACUCCUGGUCUCUCAACAGGGACCGCCGCCAGCAGCCAGACAAGUCAGGGGACGAGUCAAACUGUGAUUCAGAACGGCAGUGUUCAUGGCGGUCACAAACCCGCCAUACCUAUUCCCGGUAUCAAUGGACAAUUAUACGGGGCUAAACCCAUGGCAUAUCCCACCGGUAAUUGGGUCGUGCAUUCUGGCUCACACGUAGAUCCACCUCAUGGUGAUGCUGACGAAGUCGUUGACAGCGAUUCAUCCGAUGCAGAUUCCGAUUAAUCACACGUAGCUUCAUCUGUCCACGACACCUUGCAACGCAUCAUCACACAACUCAUCAUCGAUUCGUCAGAUUACACUAUAUCUCCUGCUCCCAUCUAUUUGAUUAUGCAUUCCAUCCCAUCUUGAUCCACAACAAACUUCAACUACACUAAUUCAUGGCACUCCGUUCAAGUAUCUUUGAAUAAAGCAUCCGUCAAGAUCCUGCGUUCUGGACUAAUCUUCAAUCCCAGCAAUCCAUGCAGUAAUACUAUUCUCAUUUGUCUCGCUUCAUAUACAUUGGUUUCGCUUGUCUUGAAUCUAUUUGCGCACUUGUACACCCAACGGAGCAUGGUCAUACAUAUAUAUUCAAGGAAACUUGCCAAUUGAUCCUUUGUCUCCAGUUAAUUCUCUCUCAUAUUGUCAGAAUGUUCAUAUUUGACGCUC